UGAAGAAUUCAGAAAAGAAAAAGAAACCACUUUUGUUUUGUCUUCUUCAGCUCACCAAACCAACCUUCGAUCUUUCAAAACCACCACACAGACACACAACACCAAAAACAAAAACAAAACAAAAAUCCCAAUUUUUUCCACCCAAAAAAAAAAAAAAAAAAAAACCAAAUCCAAAAGCCAAAACAAAGAUCAUCAUCAUCAUCAUCAAAAAAAGCUGCGGUCGGUGGGACACGUGGAAGGAAGCGAUUGGAGGAGGAAAAGUCAAAACGGUGUCGCAGAUGCCGGAGGAGGAUUUAGUUGACAUAAAGUUCAGGCUGUACGAUGGGUCUGAUUUGGGCCCGUUUCGGUACUCAUCGACCUCCACCGUCGAUUCGCUUAAGCAGAGGAUCGUCUCCGAUUGGCCCAAAGGUAAAACAAUCAUACCAAAGGCAGCAAGUGAAGUGAAACUGAUUAAUUCCGGUAAAAUUUUGGAAAACAACAAGACUGUCGGCCAAUGUAAAAUGCCCUUUGGUGAUAAUGGCAGUGGUGUUAUCAUAAUGCAUGUAGUCGUACAGCCAUCCCUGGCAAAGACCAAAACAGAAAAGAAGAUUGAUGAUUCACCUAGGAAAAUUGUCUGCUCGUGUUCUAUAAUGUAAAAGCAAUUGUGUAGAGUUGGGGAAUAGCUUGCCCCAGUUUCCAAGCUUUAGCUACAAAAGCAUACUGUGUCUGUUCCAGCAUUCAUCUGUACAAGUGCAUAUUGGUGACGAUGUGUUUAUAAAAAAAUCUGUGGUUUUGAUGACUGUCAAGAGUUCUAUCAGAAGGUAGGAAGAUUGACAACAUCAAAUGCCUUAUUGAUUUCUACAACUAUGGAUUAAGUACUUUCUUUUCCUUUCUUGCCUAUUUUUAAGUUUAGCCUGAAUGAUUUGUCAGACUCACAAUAUUGAUGUAUACAUCUCUCUCUAUGUAAAGACAAUCUACAAUGAAAUUUCAAUGAGAAACGCCUGUCUGUUAAUGAGGGAUUCUUUUA